AUGGAACAGUCUGAGACAAGGAUAAAGCAUAAACAAUUUUCGGAAAUGCCUGAGAACCGUGAUGACCAAGUUGUAACCACUUACGGCUCUCAAAAGCUUUACAGUGGCAGGGAGGAAAAUACUACUAAAGUUACUAGUUUUGAGUUCAGAAGCAAAAAGAGAACAUCGAACAGUGGUUGGACUUGGAAGACCUCCAUAUCUCAGCAGCUGUCUGAGACUAGAAUGAAGAAAGUGGAAGGAUAUUCAACUGACGUCAUUACUUAUGCUGCAGAAAAGAAUCAACAACAUGAACAGUUUACCACUUUGGUAGACGAAAAAGGAAACUCGACAAAGAAAGGAAGCAGUUCUAUUUCACAGAUUCAGUCAGAUAGUAGGAUUAUAAAACAAGAAGAAAAUGUGAAUUUAGCUUAUGGCUCGUAUAUAGAAUCCAAAGAGCAACACUUUCAAACACAUGAAGAACGCUUCAGAAGAACGGAUGUCAGAAUUGGAACACAACAAAUGACUAAUGAAACAGCCACUCAUUCUGGUGGUUUAAUUGGUGCAACAGAUGGAAACAAGACAAGAUCAGAGACACUAGUUACACCUCCAUCUUAUCAAUUAGCAGCAAGAGGUGAAUUGCACGUUGAACCAACAAGUGUGCUUGCGAUUGAGGAGGUGAAUGAUGGGAGUACAGAAAGUGGCUCUACUGCAUUGCAUAAACUUGUCCUGGGGAGGUCUCCAGCGUUGCAUCAUGAAAAAUAUGGAAGCGCCAAGAGUGUUGAAGCUCAUGAACAGCCUUUUAAGUUCAUCUCCAGUGAAGUUGCAAUUGGGUCAGCCGAGCAAUUACAGAAAUCUUCUGCACACUAUGUUGGUGAGUUUGUUGAGAAGGUAAGGCAUGAAAUUUCAACUUCUGAAAUCCACGAGGAGAAGAAAAAUUUUAAAUCUAAGUUUGUGCACGAGGAGGAGCAAAGUAACCGAAAGGAUUUGAGUCAGUAUGUGUCUGGAGAGUCUGAUUCAAAGGAGCAUCACUCAAGGCAUUCCUCUAGUAGUUCUAAAACAAAAGGGCCAUCAGAUCAAACAUGGGAGGUUGAUGAACAAUCUGUUCAGGAGCAUUCCAAGACAGAAGUACAGGAUAAUACAAGCAAAGCAGAGAAUGCUAUUGUCAAGAGAACUGGCAGGUCCUUCUGGAAUAUCAUUGGUGAUAUUAUUCGUCUGAAGUGGUCUACACGUUCUGAAAGCCAUAGCACAGGUGGAAAGGCAGGUGGUGUUUCAUCCAAUCAAUCUACAAGUAGUGAUGCAUGGUUUUCUGGUCAUGAAGCUGAAGAAGAUGGAGUGAGUGGAAGAAAAGAAUGA